AUGGUCAACCAAUGGUCCAGUCACCUCUCCAUGGUGACACCCCUGAGGCUGAGGGCCACGUCCGCAGCCGGUGGGGCGUCAUCCGGGACGGAGGGGCCCAGGGGGGCGAGGGGCGAGGGAAGGCGCUUCGCCGCGCCCGGGUGCUGCGGGGUUUCGGAGCUGCUGCUGCACCUGGCGGUGCAUUCGGCACUGACCCGUGGGUCAUUGUCAGCAUUGGCGGCAGAGGCGGCGGCGACGGGGACUGCUGUACGGGAGCAGCCGCCAUCGCCGCUGCCCAGCACUGAAGGGCCGGGACACGACCGCGGGCAGCAGUCACCGGCUAGUGAGGGCGUCCUCGGGAUGCUGCUGCCGCUGCUGCUGCUCCUGCCGCCAGCUGCCCCCAGCAGCGAGGCAACACCGUCCUCGUCACUGUCGCUACGGGGAACCGUAGCGGGCAUGUACGGUGGAUUGUACAGUGCGGCGUCGCUUGCGGCGCUACUGGUUUCGGUGCCGGAUCGCGCGGGAGGCCUGCUGGCGGCAGCAGCGGCGGCGUCACCGGAGCUUUCAGAGCUGCAGCGGCUACAGCCUGAGGCGUUUUACUGGCGGCUGCUACAGCAGCUGAUGGCGGCGUUGGCGAACCCGGGGCGUAGCGUGGCGGCAGCGACGGCGCGGCUGAGGCGUGGCCUGGAUAAAUGUACGGCAUCGCUGGCGUCUUGGGAUGUCGCCGACGGUGGCGCUCUACGUGGCUGCAGAUUGUCGUACACAAAAGCCGCAAACGGAGAGGGCACUUGUGACGACGGGCCUGGGCCUGUCGGCGGCGACUAUGGCGGCGGCGGACUGAGCGGCACAGGUGUUGCCGUACUGGAGCCUCUGGUGGCGGCGGCGGCAGUGGACUUGCUGGCGGAGGUAUUGGAGCGCCUAGCCAAGCGGGGCUACGCAGCGGUGGCGGCGGACGCACUGCUGUCGUGUACGACCAGCCUGCGGGCAGCGUACGACGUCAUUGAAGGGCACGACAGCGAUGACGAUGGGAGUAGCCGACGGCUGCAGGAGGGCUGUACGGCAGCCUUGUUGCAGCUAGCUGACGUAAGCUCGGCGGCACUGGAACGGCUGCUGGCGGCGCUGCUGGAUCGCGCGGCGCGGCCGGCAUUGGCCGCGACAGCUGGCAAUCAGCUUUCGCCGCCGAGGCCGACGCCGACGCCGACGCCGCAGCAGCAGCGGCUGCAACAAGAGCUACAGCAGCUACAGCAGCGUGAGGCACUCCUAGGCCUCUCGCCGCCGCCGCUACCCCCCGCCGCAGCCGCCGCCGCGCUCUCCGCCCUCCUAUGGCUCCUGCCGCCAGCCCUGACGUCACAUCCCGCCGUGUCGUACACCCUUACCGACCGGCUGCUGCUGUCGCUGCAGCGGCCGCCGCUGCCUCUCGACUGCCUCCGGCUCCUGACGGCGCUGCUCGCCGCUGCCUACCCCGCCACCCAGCCCGCCGCCGCCGCCGUCACGCUGGCUUCGACCUGGGGCGACGCCGCCGCCGUAACUCGUACAUCCGUACAACGUCAGGCAUAUCUUACCCAGGCGCUGCUGCUUGUCUUAGCCCGGCUGGACCGGGAGACUGUUGAGGUCACCCCUGGGUUGCUGACGGGGCUGUUGGGGGGUGUGAGCCAGCGGCUAGGCAGCCCGCUGGUGGCGACACAGCGGCAGGCGAUGCGUGUAGGCCGCGGAUUCAGCUUGGUGCUGGACCCCGCCAGUGCGCAGCGACGGCAGCUGGUGUGGAGGGGACCUCCGUCUCCAGGGAGGGACGCGGGGCUGGCGUGUACGGGCGCGGAGGAGGAGGGUGCGGCGGCGUCUGUGGCGACGGCGGCGGCGACGAAGACUUCUCGGCAGCCUUUUUGCACCGCCGCUGCUUCAAGCGCGACGGCGGCCGGCGGCGGCGGCGGCGGGUCCGUUGAGCCUUCCCCGGAGGGCCACGACGACGUCGACAGCGAUAGCAUUUGUACGGCAACUGACAGCGACGAUGAAGAAACCGACGGAGGCGAAGACGCAGAGUACGGCAGUGGCGACGGCAGCGACGGCGACGAGUUACGGCCGCUGGGUACGGUGGACGAGAUGGAGGGGGAUGCGGAGGCGGAGGCCUGGCACCGAGCGGAGCCCGCCGCGCUGCAGCUGCGUGCCCUGGCGGCGGCUCUUCGGAAACAAGACGACGUUAAAACCGUGUUGGCGGCCCUCAAGCAACUGGAGGUAUCGUACGGCAUAGUACGGCAUGCAGAGGUCAUCCGGGCCGCCCCGGACGAGUUGGGCCUUAUGGCUCCGGAGCUCAUUCGCUCGCUGCUGCACUGCCGAGUACCGGAGUGGGCCGAAAUGGAGGCGGAUGUGGACGAGCAGUCGGCCGGGGGGUCUGAGGAGGAGGUGACCCAUGGGUCACCUGGGCGUCCGGCGCCCGGAGAGGGGCCGAAUCUGGGGGUAGGACGUGGUGGUGUGGGCCGGUCCCGUCAGGGCCCGACGGGGGUAGUGGGACCCGCGGGUCGCUCCGCCGUCGGAGCGGCGGCGGCGGCGGUGGCGGCGGCGGGUUCGUCGUCGGCGCUGGCUCAGCGGCGGCGCAGUUUGGUGGCGCUGCUGGCCCUGGUGCCGCUUGCCGCGGGCGAUGCCCUUCUCCCCGAGAUUUACUCGCCCCACUUGGACAUGCACCAGCGCCUCACGCUGCUGGACGCGCUGGCGGCAGCAGCGGCGGAGCUGGCCGACCCAAGGGUCGCUCCACGACUCACGCAAGGACCCGGGGGCAGACCGCUCCUCACCCGCCCCGAAACCACAAUACACCAACCCCACGCCCUUCCCCCCUCGACCCGCAAAGCUCCCGUGGGGCAGCGGACUGGGUAUGUGGGUGGCGGGGGUAAUGCAUCGGUGGACAGGAGCGCGGUGGGUGUGGUUCGGGGGGGAGGUCCGAGGACGCGAGUGUGGGCGCCCGUGGCGCUGCGGAAGCUGAAGGAGCAGGAGGAGGCGGCGGCAGCGGCGGCGGCGGCUGGCGGCGGCGUUGGUUCGGGAGGGCCGGCUGCGGGCAGUGGCGGCGGCGGAGGCGGCGGCGCGUUUCGAAAUCGCUUCGCGGAUGUGGCGUUGCGGUGGGCGGCUGGGCUGCUCCGGGAGGUGGACAAGGUGAAGCACGGAGUGGACCUGCUGGGCCGGGACCACCAGCUGCUGGGGAGGGUGCUCACCACCUUGGCGACGUUUGCGGAGGCGGCAGCGGGUAGUACGGCAAUGACGUCACUCGCGAGAGCCACCCUGGAGCUCAUUCGGGCGCCGCAGGUUACGUGGGGUGGGGUUCAUAGUCAUCCCGAGCCGUACGUACGGCGAGCUGCCUUGCUGGCGGCGGGUCAGGUGCUCGCUCAGCUGCCGCCGCCGGCGGUAGCAGGGGCGCUGCUGGGGGCUACUGCUGCCGCUGCAGGCACUGCAGGCGCCGGAGGGGUCGUCGUCGUCGUCGGCGGCUGCGAUGGCUGUGGUGAUGGCUUGGCGGAACGGCUCGAGUGGGUUUCCCGGUGGUGCCGUACAGUGUCGGAGGAUGACGUGGAUCCGCAUUGCCGCCUGAUGGCGCAGGCGUGUGUCAAUUUGCAGGCUGACCUGGCCUCACGCUGCCUGGCGUCACUGCGAGACGCCGCCGCCGCUGGUACGGCAGCGCCAUUGGCGUCCGCCACUCUGCCGACCGUUGACCUGGCGCGUACGGCACGGCUGCUGGCUGCGUCGCCGGCUCCGUCGCUUCAUGGUGGUGGUGGCGGGAUUGAGGAGAAACGUAUGGGCGUGAUGGACACUACAUGA